AUGGUAAAGUUUUCAAGCACUACACGUUCCUGUCGGGUAAAUUUAAUCACGGAUAUUGGCAACACUAGGUUGACAUCAGCCUCCUGCCAGGCCAUCUUGCCCAAGAUCAGGGACCCCAAACAGCUGGUUCCCUACCCUUGUACUAAAUGUCAGGUUCCGCUGAACCCAUUGAAAAGGAAGAUGGUUAAACUGUUGUUGUGGUGGGCGGGACAUGUGGUGCUCAUGAGCGAAGAAGAGGAAGCUUUUGAUGGAGUCUCUCUAUGGAACAAGAAGACGAGAAAGACCGAAGCAUAG